AUGGAGCUUUGUCUCUGCACGAUCUGGCAUAUCACACAUCAAAUUCCCCUCAAACUUCCGCGCGCGACACCCAGGCUAUCACUGAUAUCCCGACUGAGCUGCCUCUCCUCGAGGGAGAGACUUUUGGGGGCUGGUCCAUCAUCGCCCAGUACGGCUAGCUCUGAUGGCAGCUUAGAAGAAUUCCUCAGGCUCCCAGUUCUCCAGAGCAACAUUCCUAUCGACCCAGAAAUCAUUGCUGACGUUCGGCCUUGGGAGACGAGCAACCUACACCAACCUGUCCGGCGAGGCGACAGCUUCGCGAUACCGAAGGCAACCUGUCCAUACCCUGAACCUCCUCUGUCUAUGUUCUGUGAUGCACCCUACUAUCACCAAGGUUCCGAGGAGAGAUUUAGCAGCUGGAAUGGUAAUGCUCAGAUGGAAGACGGCCUUCACAUCCAGGAUCACCAACAAUUGUACCCCUCCCAACACAGAACUGAGGCCGAUGUGCCUUGCUCCAGCGGUGUGGAUGAAGACUCCGGCGGCGAACCGUUCAAGAGCCUCAAGCGAGGGGCACAGGAAUUGGAGGAACGGGCCAUGAAGCGGCCUCGGCUUGCCUCAGCGUCGCUUGCCGGGGAAGAUUCCUUUACCGCCCUUCGUUCUCACUUUCUAUCUCUACGACUCGAUGAGCGUCUGCAGUUUCUCUCUUGGCUGUUUGAAGGUGCCCUGGCGAGCUGCACGCCUGACUCCAAUAAGAGCAUGCGGCCAGCUAUCUCAGAUUCCCGUAAGGAGAUCGAGCAAACUUGGCAUGAUCACAGUAAGAGGAGGAAGGCCCAUGGAGACAAGAUGUGGCGAUGGUCCCCCGAGGACGAUGCACGCCUUCUGAGCAUGACGCAGGACCGUCGGCCCUGGCCGGAGAUAGAGCGGUGUUUUCUGGAGAGGACAGAAUCGGCCCUGCGCCAGCGGCAGUCGACCCUUCGAAGAAAUAGGCGGGGGGUACGUUCGGCCGAACCUACUCCGAUCACGCCGGUAUCGGCAGCUGUGAUAUAA